GUCGCUGCAUGUUCACACUGACAAGUACUUCCGGGUGUCCGCUCUGAGUUUUGGGACUUUUCGCAGUUUCACUUUUCGGCGUGGUCGUGAUUACGUCAAAUAAAACAAAACCAAAACAACAAAAAACAACGACACGAGUAAUGUAAAUGAAUGUCUGAGAAAAACAUCGGAGUUGUUUAAUAUAAAAAUGAAGCUACUUUCUGCGUUUGUGUUCAUGCGAACGGUUCGCGCCGAGAGCCGACUCUGUGCCGUGUCCAGAUGUUAAUCCACGACCACAUCAGUAAUCCGUCGGAUAAAUGAUGUUACUUGUCGCCUAGAGUCGGUCUGUUUGCUCGCAGUGCGCCAUGAAACACGUCAUUUUGCUUCUGACCUCUUUACUUUCGACAGUGUGCUCUAGAAGACCUGGCACAGAUGGAGAAUAUGAUCACUUGAGGUCCGUGCUGGCCGACUUUGAUGUCCUGAACGUGUCCAGUCUGCAGCAGCACUCGGUGCGCAAGCGGGAUUUGCAGAGUCACACACAUGCAGAGAGACUGCUGACCUUCACCGCCUUACGCAGGCAUUUCAGGCUCUACCUGACCUCCAACACUGAGCUGUUCACUGAAGACUUCAGCGCUGUGGUGGUGGAGAAAGACGGCACGCGCCAGAAUUACGACGUCCACAGACAGAACUUCUUCACGGGCCACGUCAUCGGGGAGGAGUACUCACGCGUACAGGCGCACGUUGACGACGACGAGUUCACCGCACACAUCCUGACAGACGAGGCUGAAUACAACAUAGAGCCUCUCUGGAGGCUCACCCGAGGCCAGCCGGAUGGCCGCUUGCUGGUGUAUCGCUCGGAGGACAUCCGGAACGUGAGCCGUCUCGCCGCUCCUAAAGUGUGCGGCUACGUCACAGCCGAGGCCAGUCAGCUCCUGCCCGAGAACCCGCCCACGGCCGCGGCAGCAGAGGAAACGGGAGACGAGGACGAGCACCUGAGACUGAGGAGGCAGGCAGUCGAUCACAGGAAGAACACAUGCCCUCUGUUGCUGGUGGCAGAUUAUCGGUUCUUUCGACACAUGGGCCGCAGGGAGGAGAGUACCACCAUCAACUACCUGAUCGAGCUGAUUGACCGGGUCGACGACAUCUAUAGAAACACAUCUUGGGAUGAGGAGUUUAAGGGCUACGGUGUUCAAAUCCAGCAGAUUAUGAUCAACAAAUUCCCCACUAAAGUGGAACCAGGACAAACCCACUACAACAUGAAGGGGAGUCCAGUGAAGAACAAAGACGUGUGGGAUGUGAAACGACUUCUGGAGCAAUUCAGCAUUGACAUAGCAGAGAAUGCCUCCAAAGUGUGUUUGGCUCACUUGUUCACCUAUCAGGACUUCGAUGAGGGCACGCUAGGCCUUGCCUACGUCGCUCCCACCAAAGAAGAGGCUCCCGGAGGAGUCUGUUCUAAAGAGUACCCUCAUUCGGGAAGUGACCACCGCACCAUAUACCUGAACACAGGCUUAACCAGCACUAAGAACUACGGGAAGACUAUUCUGACUAAGGAGGCCGACUUGGUGACGACCCAUGAGCUCGGGCACAACUUCGGGGCUGUUCAUGACAGAGAUGACGUGCCAUACUGCGCCCCCAGCGAGGACCACGGGGGGAAAUAUGUCAUGUACCCCAUCGCUGUGAGCGGAGACCAUUCCAAUAACAGGCUGUUUUCCACCUGCAGUAAGAAGUCCAUCGUGAAAAGUCUGAGGCACAAGGGCCCGUCAUGUUUUAAGGAGAGGAACAGUAAGGUGUGUGGGAACUCGCGGGUGGAGGAGGGAGAGGAGUGCGACCCCGGGCUGGUCCACCUCCACACCGACCCCUGCUGUAAAUCCGACUGCAAGCUACAACCUCAAAAGCAGUGCAGUGAUAGAAACAGCGCCUGCUGCAAGAACUGUAUGUAUGAGAAGGUCGGGAAGCCGUGCCAGGAGCCCAUCAAUGCCACCUGUAAGGGCAUGUCCUACUGCACAGGGAACAGCAGCGAAUGUCCUCCUCCAGAGAACCUCCCGGAUGACACCACGUGUGUGGACAGCGGACAGUGUCUGAACGGAGAGUGCGUCCCCUUCUGUGAGGCUGUCCUCAACCUGCUUUCCUGCGCCUGCAACGAGACGGAUCGCUCGUGUAUGGUUUGCUGCCGCAGUAAGGGGGGUGCGUGCUCUCCGUACCAGGAUGACCGGGGAAGCUUCCUGUACCUGAGGAAGGGCAAACCCUGCACUGUGGGCUUCUGUGAUGGAAAGGGUAAAUGCAUGAAGCAGGUGCAGGAUGUGAUUGAGAGGUUGUGGGAUUUCAUUGACAAGCUGAACAUAAACACGUUUGGGAAAUUCCUGGCUGAUAACAUUGUGGGCUCUGUGGUGGUCUUCUCCCUGCUCUUCUGGAUCCCUCUCAGCAUUCUCGUCCACUGUGUGGACAAGAAGCUCGACCGGCAGUAUGAACUGAACACGAAAUCACUCUUUUACACCAGCAACGCGGAGUUGCUGAGCAGUCUCGAUUCAGCCUCGGUGCGCAUCUUUAAGCCUCACUCUUCCCCGGCCGUCUCUGCCGUCCCACGCUUCCAGAGCAGCACCCCUCCCGUCCCUGCCACUGCAGGCAGCUUGACGGCUCCAGCCUCGGGCGUGUUGGCGAGCACGGAGCCUCCGCGCAUGGACACCAUCGAGGAGGACCCCAGUUACGACUCGCGCCUGGAUGAGCAGGUCCUGGAGGAGGACUUCACCACUCGCACCGAUGCAGCUCGGUCCUUUGCAGACCUGACUGAGGUCGGAGAGAACGGUCUGGAGAGAUCGUUCAAGAUGAAGACACCCAGGCACAGCAUCAGGAAGGAGACAGAGUGCUGAGUGUGUGCGUGCGUGAGUGUGUGCGUGCGUGAGUGUGUGCGUGCGUGAGUGUGUGCGUGCGUGAGUGUGUGUGUGUGUGUGUGUGUGUGUGUGCAAGCAAACUGACCUUUAUAACAGAAAGUGAGUGUAAAGGAGUGAGAGUGACUGCAUGAACUCCAGAGGAGGAGCAGAAUAAGCAAAGCUUGCAUAAGUGAAGUGUGGGCUGGAGCUUAUGUAACUCUGUAUUCAGAAGUACAGUACGGUUUGGGAGCACGCCAACCCCCUGUAGUGUGAACAAAGAGUGUUGCUUAUGUUUACGUAACGCUCGAUUUAGCACCGGAACCGCAGUGACCACGGGGUGCGCAUACAUUCAGCUGGAGUCUUAACGUACCGACUUUGCGUUACGAAUUUCAAAAGGUACACUUCAAGUCUCUCACUUCCGUGCUCCAGGCGUCUGCGGUAGCGAGAAACACCUCGGAACGAAACGGACGUCUCCGGAUGCUUUUGAACGAGUUACCGCGGGACGAACCGACACCACGAGUGACCCGUUCCGGCGUCCGAUGUGAACAAUGACUAAAGCUCUUAACCCGCAUUCACGUGAUUUGACGCACUGCGUCGCUGCCACGUGAUUGGCUGAUUGGGAUAACUGCGUGAAUGUGCAGGGGUACCGGUGUUCCUGUUAAAGUGCAUGGUGAGAGUAUAAAUAUUUGAAAAGGCAUUUCUACUACAAUGACGAGCACAAUAUGAUCGUGUUACAUCGUUAGGGCACCUUUCCGUAUUUAAAGGUGGCGUAUCUGUUAACUUUUAACACACCGACGCAAACUGAAACAGCGCUUUUCUUUCGUUUGGACACAGAGGGUUCCCGCUAACCACACUGGACCGGAACCGUGUAUCUAUACACACCUGACCGGAUUUAUUAUUAAGGACAGCUUUAUUAUUUAAAAAGGGAGUGAGGAAAAUAAUCAUUUGUUUACAUGCCUGUUUAGCUGUUCCAGACAGGUGUCAUAUAUUUACUAAGGUGUGCACUGUAAACUAGAUCUGUCCAUCAAGGCUUUCGCUCAUCCGGGUCAUUAAAACGAGUAGGUGAUUGGACGAGUGCGCAAACGUCUUCAAGAGUCCAUCACAGGUCUCGUUGUCUUCAACUACUGCUACUAUACCGUUUAUUAUUAUUAUUAUUUUUUAUAAACCUUCGUUUGCUACUAUAAUACUGUGCAUCUUUAUGUGUAUACUGUUACAUUUCAGCUUUACGGCACUCGGUGAUAUCCUGGCAACGGGCGUACAGUGUGCUUGUGGGAUUACGGACCGCGUCAGGCUCAGCUCAUCGGCCGAUUACCGAGCAGCGGUGACGAACGGGAAACACUCAGCUAUGUGAUCACGUUCGAUUUUACGAGUGAGCGUUAAUAAGGACGCGGGUGUGAUGCGUCAGUGUCGGUAAUCUCACAGGUAUCUCAUGAUCUGUUCUCACGAGUACUUUAAAUGACCCCCCCACAAACUUUACUCAGUAAUUAUCACUGCGCACGUAAACAGUCGUCGAGUUUGAAAAUGUCAUCAACAAAAACAUAAAACUUUGCAGGACUGGGAACCGAGCGGUGCUGCAGCAUAGGGGUCGGAAUCUCUACGUUCCCAGUUCAGGGAUUCAGGCUGGGAGGAAGUGAUUAUAAACAGAUUCCUGAUGCAGCCUGAAUUUUUAAAAAUUUUUAUUUUAUUUAUUUUUUUUUUUUAAUAAACCCUACACUAUGACCACAGGUUUUAAAACUUAAUCUCAAUUUUAUCCAUCAUCAGGAAACAAGCACGCUUAAUAUACGUCUAUUUCAUUUUUCAUGGGAUAUAAUUUGGUACCGUUUACAUAUUUUACGUAAAAACACGUCUGCAUAAGCUUCUGUAAAAAAAAAAAAAAAAAGAAAGAAGGUAUUUUUAAUUUUUAAAAAUUUUUUAUAAAAGAAUUACAUUUUGUGCACGCUUGCAAAAACCUUGAACUGAAAUCUUUCCAACAAAUAUAUUUGUCCUAAAAAAAAAAAAAAAAAAAAAAGGGAGAUAUUUUUCUUCUCAUAUAAAACACCUUUUAGUUUUCUUUUUGUUUAAAAGUGUUUUGUGCACGUCGUGUGUUAUGCAAACUCCUAGAGUAGACAUAUCUGAUGUGUUCAUGUAAAUAGCAGAUCCGAAUAUUUAGCGAGUAUUGAUUGAAUGUUUUUGUGUUAAAAUAAACUGCUGCUUUUCAUUCUA